AUGCCUAAGAAUUCAAGAAAACAGCUGUACGACGACGAAUACGACGCAAGAUUCUACUCCCACCUCGUUCCUGAAGGACAGGGAGCCUCGCAGUCACAAAACAGUUAUGGCGGUUCUAAGAAACAUUCCAAGAAGAAGAAAAGCCACAGAAAGCGAUCGAAAGAUCGGGAGGAAAAGCCACCACUCCAGAAAUCUCUGGUUGACUACGACGACAUAAGCUCAGAUUCUGAUAUUGUUUCGGUAAGUCCACAAUCGACGAUAGAAUCGGCGUCCAGAUCGUCGCAUACAAGCAGGGCCGUACCGACAGGCACAAGUCGAUCGUCGGACAACUACGGCCAGGCACGCCAUGGGCGCAACUCCAUCAAACGAAACGACUCGCCCGUAAAUGUCGUUCGGGCCCACGGUAGAUACAGAAGUCGGAGUGCAUCCAAGGAGAGGAACGAUGGCUCCAGGUCGCAUUCACGCAACCGGCCUGCCAAAAGCAAAAAGAAGCGAACCAAACACAAACGUCGUUCACCGGCCGAGGACUAUGGCGUUCCGGAAAGCCACAGCCACAGAGAUGUGAAACAACACAACUCUGUGCCCAGGACUAGUUUCCCACCGGAUUCCAGAGACAGUUCCAAAGUGUACACGGAUUUACCCAAAGCAUAUCUUAUGGACUAUAAAGACAAUGAUGAGAAAAGGCACCGGAGCCCAAGCCCCUAUUACAAGUAUGAGAAGAGAGAAAAGCGCAGCUCACCCAGUGUCAGCAGCAGAAAAAAGUACACAGCCUCUAGGAGUGUUACUAAUUUCAGUCGGUAUUCCAAGAAGCAUAUGAGAUCAAUUUCUCCAGGCUCAGGUCGCAACUACAGUCGUCUUUCACCAAGUCCGUCAAGAAAUUCAGCAUUCUCCUCUAGAAAUAAAUUGAGCAGUCCAGCGCCAUACACAACCAGUUUAGCAGCUGAGCUGAGAAUGCUGCGCAAGGCAAGAGAAAGGAAGAGGAAAAACGAACAACCUGUAGACUAUGUAGAUAGCAAGGCAAGCUCUCCUGAUCUGGAGAUUAUCAGUCGGUCUCCAACACCAGCUCAAGUGAAACCUGCCAGCGUCUCCAUUAAAGUUGAGACCCCGGUGAAGCACAGCCCUCCUUCAGUGCCUGAACAACCACCACCACCUCCACCCCCACCUCUGCCACCACAAACACUUCACAAUGCCAAUCCAGUUUAUCCUCCAGAGACUUCAGCACUUCACAAGGACGUCCUUGAGGAGGUGCCAGCAGCAAAAGUGGGCUCUGAUGUCAGGCAGAAUGGAGGUCGUGGGCAAGAACUUGACCAUAGAUCUAGAGGCAACCACAUGUCCACUUUACCCAAACUGCCUCUUCCAGAUGUGGGUCCGCCGGAUGAUGCUGACUAUGAAUCAAGUCCCUACAGUGAAACCAAAGUCAAGGAUAGAGAAAGUAUAACAGCCCGUCCUCGAGGCAUCCGUGAUCUUCCACUGCCCCCCAUAGUGGACGAGCCUGACCCAGAAGUAGAGGAAAAUGCCUGCAGACCUUUAAGUAAAAAAGAUGACCGACCCAAGUACAGGAAGCCAAAGCUGUGUUACAAUCGCCGUAGCAACAACAAGCAGGAAGACUGGGGCGAGCGCUGUGUGGAAGCGUUUGACAUCAUUCAGAUUAUCGGGGAGGGCACCUACGGCCAGGUGUACAAGGCCAGGGAUGUCAACACAGGAAUAUUUGUAGCUUUAAAGAAAGUGCGCCUGGAGAAUGAGAAAGAAGGAUUCCCCAUUACAGCAGUUCGAGAGAUCAAGAUCUUGCGACAGCUGCAACAUCCCAACAUUAUCAACCUGAAGGAGAUUGUCACCGACAAGCAGGAUGCUCUAGACUUCAAGAAGGACCGAGGUUCUUUCUAUCUGGUGUUUGAAUAUAUGGACCAUGAUCUCAUGGGUCUCCUCGACUCAGGCUUGGUGGUGCUGGCUGGAGAAAACAUUGCCUCGUUCAUGAAACAGCUCUUGGAGGGAAUUCAGUACUGUCACAGGAAGAACUUCUUACACAGGGAUAUCAAGUGUUCCAACAUCCUACUCAACAACAGGGGUCAGAUCAAGCUGGGAGACUUGGGCUUGGCCCGCUACUACCAUGCUGAUGACAAGGAGAGAUUGUACACCAACAAAGUCAUCACCUUAUGGUACAGACCACCUGAGCUGCUUUUGGGCGAGGAGAGAUAUGGUCCAGCCAUAGAUAUGUGGAGUUUAGGAUGCAUCCUUGGGGAGCUGUUCACGAAGAGACCCAUCUUUCAAGCCAAGGAAGAGUUUGCCCAACUGGAGCUGAUCUCUCGGACUUGUGGCACCCCAUGCCCAGCAGUGUGGCCAGAAGUCAUCAAACUACCACUCUUCCACAGUUUCCGGCCAAAGCGUCAGCACAGGAGACGGCUGCGAGAUGAUUUUUCAUUCCUGCCUAAGCUGGCCUUGGAUCUGCUAGAUCACAUGCUGGAGUUGGACCCCAGCAGAAGAUGCACUGCUGAACAAGCUCUCAAGUCUUCCUGGCUGAAGGAUGUGGAUCCAAACAACAUCCCACCACCAAACUUACCCAGAGAUCAGGAUUGCCAUGAGCUGUGGAGCAAAAAUAGGAAGAAAGAAAUCAGAGAGCAGCAGAUGCGGGAACAAGAACCCAGUUCAAAAAAUUCUUUACCAAGACCCCCGACUUCGAGACCAUUCACAGAGCCUGCAUUUUCCUUCAGAGCAGCAGAACAGAAAGAGGAUGCAGGGAAAACCAGUGAAGCUGCUAUGACUGAUGAGAGACGCAAUGCACAGACUCAGUUGUCGAGUUUGAUUCACUUGCUGCAGUCACAGGAGAACUUGUCUCUCACAGAGAUAGCCAAGAAACAGAACAUUUGUGUUGAUGCCCAGACCUCCAUGCUGUUGAACAACCUUCGCGAUCAGCUGAUGUCUGCUCUCUCUAGGAUACAGAAGGACCAGAACCUGGACAAAAUGGAUGCUAGCUCUGUGCUCCCCAACCUGCUGUCCACCAUGCAAAGUGUCAUGUUUGAAAAUGCUGCCAAGAGUGACCUGUCGGCCAGAAACACAUUCUCACACAUGCCAGAGUUGAAACCCAGAGAGCUGGGGCUAUCAGACUCCCAGCGCAUUCCAUCGUUUGCUUAUUCUGAAGGGGCACUGAGGCAGCAGCAGCAGCAGGCCUCAGACUACCAGACCCCACCGGUACACAACUUAGAUAAGCAUGCUGGGGUGAAGGCUGCUCUAGCACAGUUGUUGUCCCAGCAGGGAGUCAAUGUACACAUGAACACAUCUCUGUUUGACAGUUCUGCAACCCGGCUCUCCAAUUAUUCCCCACUGAGUUCCUACACAACCCGUACCAACACCACCUUCCGAGAUAACCCUCCGGAUCCACCUCACACCAAACAGUUAGAUGAAUCACCCUACAGCAGUUUGUCCAGCCAUGAGUCUUUCCCUGGAUUUAAUGCUUCACACCCACCGGAAGCCAAGCCGUACCCUGAUGAAGUCACCAACAGGCAAGGUGCCACAGCUCAGUAUUCCUCAUCUUUGAGAGCUGGCACUAGAGGGACUGCUGGGUCUUCACGCAAUCAGGAUGUGUAUGCAGCACCAGGUUUGUAUGAUGGGAGGAUGGGCUGGUAG